AAAUAUGUUUUGAUAUCAUACUUUAAAGGAAAUAAAAUUUACAUACAUAAACAUGCUACGAACACUUUUGAAAUAUAAAGUUUCCUUUAUAAUAAAGUCAGCUCAAGGGGCAUCGAGACGAACAUAUUGUGUCACUACUGGUGUCUGCUGGAGUUGCAACAAAUCCCUUGUCAAGGACAACAAAUUCUUCUGUGCCGCUUGUGGUUCACUUCAAAAAGUUAAAAAUCAGGACUUCUUUGAACUACUUGACGUGCCAAACACAUUUACAAUCAAUGGUUCGAUAUUGUCAGCUAAUUUCAGAGAGUUGCAAAGCGUACUGCACCCAGAUAAAUUUAGUCAAAAAUCUGACGAGGAAAAAUUGAACUCACUCGAAUGGAGUUCGUUAGUAAAUAAAGCUUUCAAAACGUUAACAGUGCCUUUAGAACGAGCAAAAUACAUUUUAAACCAAAAGGGUAUUUUGAUCGAUGAAGAAAAUACUUCUGUAGAUCCAGAGUUUCUGUCGGAUAUGAUGGAUCUUAAUGAACAGGUUGAGGAAGCACAAAACGCUACUGAAUUGAGAAAAAUUGCUGAUUUUGUAAACAGCGAUAUUGUUAAAAUAUACAGUCAACUACAGGAUCAUUUCGCUAACAAUAAUCUUAGUGAAGCGAAAGCAACAUUUGUUCGGUUGAAAUAUUUGUCUAAUAUCGAUAAUGUUAUAAAAGAAAAAGCACUGAAAUAUAAUCUUAAGUAGUACGUAAAUUAUG